AUGCUUGUCUACCAGGAUCUUCUUACCGGUGAUGAACUCCUAUUUGACUCAUUCCCCUAUAAGGAAAUUGAGAAUGGCUUACUGUGGGAAGUCGAAGGAAAGUGGGUUGUUCAAGGAGCUGUCGAUGUUGAUAUUGGUGCUAACCCUUCUGCUGAGGGUGGAGGUGACGAUGAAGGUGUUGAUGAUCAAGCUGUUAAGGUCGUCGAUAUUGUCGACACUUUCAGAUUACAGGAACAGCCUGCUUUUGAUAAGAAGCAGUUUGUUACUUUUAUGAAAAGAUACAUCAAAUUGCUUACACCUAAGUUAGAGGCAGAGAAGCAAGAGAUUUUCAAGAAGCACAUUGAAGGAACAACUAAGUUUCUGCUACCAAAACUCAAGGAUCUCAAAUUUUUUGUUGGUGAAAUCUUGCAUGAUGAUGGAAGUUUGGUUUUUGCUUAUUACAAAGAUGGCGCCACUGAUCCAACUUUUAUCUACUUUGCCGAUGGAUUGAAGGAAAUCAAGUGUUAG